AUGUCAAGCGAACGACGUGCGGUGGAGCUUGUCUUGCUCACGGAGGUAUCGGAGAUGCUCGUUGGUCGGACCGGUGCUAGCCAUGGGACCAUGACCGGCUGGACGAUCAAAAGCAGCGGCCUUGGUCCUCACUACAUUGAUGAUUGCUCGAUUGCAAACCUCCAGAGCCACAUGUUCAUACCAUACGUCCAUGACGUGCGCCAGUCCACAUUAUCAGUCGGCACACCGAGUCAUCAAAAGAUGCUGGUGCUCGCUGCAUCACCGAAGACCUGUAGUUAUGGUCUUAUCUACAGACCUGGUCGUGAAGAUUCACUCUCUUCUUCGCAACAGCCAAACUACCGCCCAACUUGCCUUAUUGCCCAGACCAAUCGAACAAAAUGCGCUUCUUCGGCAUUCAAGGGUGUUCAUCCCGAGUACCUCAUGUGGCUUUCGGACAUCGGUUACAAAUGGCAAACUCACUUUACUUUCCAACUCGCUUACAACCCUGUUGACUGCUACUAUGGCGCUUUGACGGUUUGCGUGAACAAAUAUCCGGACCUUGUAUGCAGUGCCGGCUACAUGUCCCAUGGUGGCACAGGCGACAACCGCUUCUCGGAGUGGCACUUCAAAGGUGACUUUUACGACGUCACCGUGCGCCUCGUCCACAAGGCAGAUGGCGAAGUGACCAGCUGGACGAUCGAGCACGGUGCUCUGGGCAACCACAACAUCAAAUACGUAUCGCUCACAAAUCUCCAGUCGCAUAUCGUUAUACCGUACUUCGACUAA